AUGGCAAAUAAUAGAACUAGUAGCAAUCAAAUCAACUGUGUUUCGCUUUGCAACACGAAUAACUCUCAACAACAGAGACAUCGAACAACUCCAUCUCAAGCACAAUUUCUUGAAAAUUAUUUCACAAAUAUUGAUGAUUUUCCUGAUUCAAAUAUGAGAGAAAAAAUCGCUCUUAAAAUUAAUAUGCCUUCUAAAAGUGUUCAUAUUUGGUUUCAAAAUCGUCGUGCAAAACGUAAGCAAGAAGACAGAACUCGUCAAGAACAAGAAACAAUUCGUUCUGCGCGUUCAUCAUCUUCUUCCGCUUCCACGUCGUCUCUCAAUCGUACUAUCCCUUCGCAACAACAGUCACGUGCAUCAGAACUGAUGAUUACUUCUCGCUAUUUGAUUUACGCUAAUACCCAUGGAAAUCAUCGUGACAAUCGUGGUUCCAUCACUUCUUCGCGACAGCCAUUGGCUCACAUGAAUCGUCAAAUUACAUUACAACAAAAUUGUUAUAAACUUGCACCAUUAAGAAAUGUAACUCCAAGAGACGAAGUAAUUAAUUCUCAGGGCGAAAACAUUAUGCUUCCAUCUUUACAUCGCAUCAUCUCUCAAAUUGUUUCUACAUCCUUUGGAGAUAAAAAUGUGCCGGUAAAUUGUAACAAUAAUACCUACCAUAAUUCAUCUCCUAAACAGUUUUCGUCGUCAUCAUCGUCUUCGUCUCACGAACAACCAUCAAUCAUAUAG